AUGGCAGACUUUACUUGGACCGAGGAUAUCACUGGACGGAAGCUAUGUGCCAAAGUUGCAGAGGUAUUGGACAGGGCUUCUGUGCCCAAUGUCCUCUGGAAUGAGUAUAUGCUAUGUGCACACGGUCUCGAUAAGGAUAUUGAAAUUUACACAGUGGUUGAUCGCGAUACUGGAAGAACCGAGGCAGCUUCGGUAGAGCAAGAGCUGAAUGUGUCUUUCAUCAUCCCGGACGACCAAAUUGAGGAUGCUUACAUUGAGCUGCUGAAGGCGAAAUUUGACCGGUGCGCCGACAAUGAAGACGAGUGCGAAUUGUUCAGAAAGUAUUUUCUGAAACCAGCAAGGCAUUUCCACUUGUGUGAUCGGGAUAAAUACGGCGAUCCCCUUUCCUUGAACCUAUACCGGCAGAGCGAUUUACUCUGGUGGAUGCCUCCUAUUCCCCUGGCCCGACCGGCGGAGGGUGACAAGUACUUUACGGUGACCGGUGAUGAUUGGAUACGCCUUGAGACAAAGAGCGAAACCUAUCCGGUUAAUAUGUCCAGCCAAACCCAGUUGCCUGAUAGCCACUAUCAAAUCAAGAUCCUCACUCUAGACAAGGUGGUUGAAGCCUUAAUGCUCCUCGAAUGCGUAUAUUAUCAGAUUGACCAUUCGGGAUGUAGUGACUGUUGGCUUGACUGGUUGAAAGAGCUGAAAACGAUGGUAUCAAAAAAGGAUAUCAAGAUUGGUCCGAUGAAGGAAUAUUUUCAACCCAUAUGGGACAAAGCUGACGAACAUGGUAUAUCUGAUAUGCUAAAGGAGUUGGGGAAGAAGCUUGAAGAUAAAGGGGGUUGUCCUGGUGCCGUGCAGCAGUGA